AUGGGAGCCCCAGCUGAAGCAAUGGCACUGGGAAACUCCUCCCAGGUGACUGAAUUCAUCCUCCUUGGGCUUUCUGAUAAAAGGGAGCUACAAGUCCUCUACUUCACCUUCUUCUUCCUGGCCUAUGCCAUGGUUUUGCUGGGAAACCUCCUCAUCAUUGUGACAGUCAGGAGUGACCCCAAGCUGUCCUCACCCAUGUACUUCCUCCUCUGCCAUUUGUCCUUCAUAGAUAUCUGCUGCACCUCUAUCACCUCUCCCAGGCUGCUGGUGGACCUCCUCUUUCAGAGGAAGAGCAUUGCCUUUGAAGCCUGUGUGGCUCAGCUUUUUUUCCUCCACUUUGCUGGGGCCUCAGAGAUGUUCCUCCUGACGGUGAUGGCGUACGACCGCUACGCUGCCAUCUGCAAACCCCUGCACUACACAGCCCUUAUGAACAGGCAAGUGUGCUGGGUCCUGGUGUCUGCCUGCUGGGCAGGGGGCUUCCUCCACUCCAUUGUCCAGACCCUGCUCACAAUCCAGCUCCCUUUCUGUGGCCCUAACAAGAUUGACAACUUCUUCUGUGACGUGACCCCUGUCAUUCGUCUCGCCUGCACGGACGUCUACGUCACCGAGUGGCUCAUGGCUUCCAACAGUGGCUUCAUCUCCCUGCUUUGCUUCCUGGUGCUGGUCACAUCCUACACCUUCAUCCUGGUCACAAUCAGGGUCCGUUUCACUGAGGGGCACUGGAAGGCCCUCUCCACCUGUGGCUCACACGUGCUGGUUGUCACCCUCUUCUUUGUCCCCUGCAUCUUCAUCUACCUCUGGCCCUUUUCUCCCUCCCCCUCUGACAAGCACAUCUGUGUGAUCUACACUGUGAUCUGCCCAGUGAUGAACCCCCUCAUCUACACCCUGAGGAAUAACGAGGUCAAGGCAUCCAUGUGGAAGUUGUGGAAGAGCUGCAGAGUCUCCUGA